AUGGGAUACUGGUAUCAUAUACCAACUGAACAAUAUUUUGGUUUGUCAAUGACUCCAAUUUUGGAUGAUGAUGCUUUGGGAAAUUGCAAAGCAAUGGUUAGGGCACAUCAAUUCCGUGAGAUUGGACAUCUGUAUGUGGAACACAAGCCAAUAUAUGUACCAACCAAUUUCCCCCACUUCAUGAUGAACUCACCAGCCAAAAGUGUUGAGAAGCUUAUUCAUCUCUUUGUAACAGAACACCCAAUGUCAACAGUUGAUGAUGGAAUAGCAUACAUCAAGCAUAUGUUAUUCCUAGAGGAAAGAUGGAAGAUGCAAUGGACAUGGCUAAAGAGAAUGUUAUUGCAUGGAAAAACUUAUUGUCGGUAA